AUGGCUUCAAUUACUUCACUCAGGCCAUGUGGCCUUUUUAUUCUUUGUGGUGCAGCUGCGCUCGCUCGGGCCGCGAGGCAGAUUGCCGCGCAUGAGGCGAGUUUCUACGAAGAUCAGAUCAUGAAGGCUGCUGCAGCCGGAAAUCCUGCUGUGCAGUUUGACAAUGAUUGGUUCAUGAAGCACUGCGAUCUAUCAGAAUUCCAGGAAGACCAGGUCUUCCACAGACCGGAGUUCCGCUACAGCACGAACCCCACGCUGGAUGCAGCCAGAUGGAAGCUGGGCACGAAAU